UGCAUAAACUACAUAAUAACAGAUUGUUGAAUUUCUUGUUACCAGUGAUACCCAAACGUCAAGAUCCCACAGUGGGCUAUGCAGAAGAGGACGUCUUAGUCCCUCAAUGGGCCAUAGCUGGCAUUGUUAUUGGCCUUGCAUCUCUACUCUUUGUCAUCAUAUUUGGUGUCACAGUGAGGUCAUCUGCUUCACUUCAGGAAAACAGCAUGUCCAACUUGUAUGACAGCUGGCGUUCCGAAUGGAAUGGAUACUAUUAUAAUGCUUAUUAUGGCAAUGGUAGUAGUGCUAGUGGAUAUACCCGCAGACGAUCUGACUAUGACACAAAUUUCUAAAUAUCAGAAAAUGGAGUUGUCAAAGAGCUUAUAGAGCAAUUGCUGAGGUGAUUGAUAGACAGGGUUGGCACAGUCAUAUUGAAAACAAAUUGUGUGCACAUCCAAUUUUCUAUGAUCAAUAAUAGUUAUAGAAAUUAAGGGAAUUUAAUAACAGAGCAACUAAGAUUUUUCUUUCAAAUGGCUGUUCCCUUCUCUAGUCACCUAGCACUUCUACAUCAUGUUAGCUGGAUUGCAACUGUGAUAAUAAUAAGAAGAAUAUGUUGCUGUCUUAGUAUGACUAGUGGCUUGUGGAAAUGUUCCUAACUGAUUGUUCAUGAUCAAACAAAAUCUCAUCAUGAAGAAGAGGAAAAAUAAAAUUCAGUUACGUAUCAUGUAAUCAAGGAACCUAGGCAUGGACACAAUUCUCUUUCUUAAAUAAUAUUUUAUACUAAGACAGACAUGGUUGGAUAAGAACUUUUUAAUUGGUUGUGAUAUUUUGAUGCUGCAAGGUGUGAAAUGUUUUACAUUUCUCAGUACACUUUGUAUAUCAAGUAUUUUCUGUACUUUUGUUUUCUAGUGUUCACCUACUUUUUUUAUUCAUUCAGCUUCAACUAGAAUCUGUUGUUUUAAGAUGGCAUCAUCAACAAAAUUUACAUUUUUAUUUGUUUGGUAAAUGUCAUAUCCCAAAACACAGUCCUGAUUAUUAAAAAAGAUGAUGUAUUAAUUCUUUCACUGCAAAAAUAAGGAUAGCAAUAUACCAUUUUAGAAUAACCCCAAGUGAGAGUUUUAAAUUGGUAGCUAUUUCAUUUUGUCUUUCAGACCUGACAAAUUUGUGAACACAUUCUAGUAGAGAUGAAACUAUUUAUUACAAAACUAUUUUAGAUAAAGGAUGCUGAACAUUUUCAUUCAUUAGCAAAUUUAUAUUUAUUUGUCAUGUUACUAGUUUGGUGCUUAAAUCCAUAAAGUUAAAUAUUUAAAGAAUUGAGACUGAAGUGACAAAAUUUAUUAAAAAUGGAAAUUCGUAUCAUCGUUGUGCCUGUAAUAGCCAUGUGGAGUGAAUGCCAUUUUACAGGACAAACAUUAACCAUUUCAAAUGAUUACAUUUUCUGGUAUCAUAUAUGCUAAUGCAUCAUUAUAUUUCUUACAAUAAAAUUAUGACUGAAGUACAAUUAAAGUAUCAAUUGUAAGUAGUGAGUCACUGCUUAAAGUGUAAAUAACAGUUCAGAUAGCCAGUUUUUCAGGUGCAGCGAUGAUAUAUUUAUACAUCAUUUAUUUUUCUAAAGUUUUCAUGAAUAUUUUCCUAAUUUCUUGUUUAAUUAUAUUUAAAACAAAUAUUUGAUAAAAUAACUCAGUAACUUGGCAUUUUAGUAUCACAUUAAAUAUGUAUAAUAGUAAAAAAUCUAGUUUAUUUGACUCUCUUAGACACUGCACUUGCCAUUCUAUAUGUCAGUAGUACCUUCUAUAACAGUUCAUUCUUUAAGUCAAAAUGAUAAAUGAUGUAUACAAACUUUACACCGAACAUUCUCUGCUUACAACAUGAAUAUUAGAUUUGAUAAAGCAUUUUACAUGAAAUCACACCAGUCAAUACACAUUCUGAUGAAAUGAUAUGAAAGGGCAUUAACAAAACUUUUGUUUUGUUAGGUGCUUUAUUAAUGAGCUUCUCAUUGAAUUAGCAAAGUAAAAUAAAAUGAGAACAGCAUUAAUAACAUGCUCUUUUAAAUAUUCUUGUGAAAAUAAUUGUAAUAUUGUCUAUAUAACACUAUUAUGUAUGCUAAAUACUAUAUACAGAAAAAAUUAUGUGGGUCAGAAGUUUCACUUAGAAUGACAUAUAUUUUGAAAGUUAAAUGUGCUAAUUAGUUUUAUGUACAUCUGAGUUUGCUGUUAUGUACUUGAUGUUCUCAAUGUCAAACUUCUUGUGCUUUUCCAUGUCAACAUUAUAUUAAUGACUGGAUAUUAUAAUGAGAAAAAUUUUAUGUAUAGAUGAGAAAAAUAUUUUCUCACAAAGAAAUAAUACCAUUCUCAAGAUAACAUAUCCCAGACAAAAAAAUUUCAUGAACAACAGAAGGUAAGAACACAUACAGUUCUUACAAGUCAGAAUUAUUUUACCUUAUUCAUUGUUUACAUCUAAUGAAAAAUAUGACUUUUGAAAUGUGAGGUCACAGAGAGUCAAUUGCUCAACUUGUGGCCAAUAAAGUAUGCAACAGAAGACAUAUUAUAAAACAGAAUAUAUAUUAUUAGCUUCAUGGAAUUCAUAACACAAAUAUUCACAAACAUGUCUUCUGUGUUGAUAUUUUGCUCAUCAAUUUGAAUCUUCAAUGAAGUUUUUCCAGAAUUUCUAACAUUACUAUCUACCAUACAUAUACUAUUUCUUAUGGAAGUUUCAAUGGCCAUAAAAACACAGAAGUGUUAUAAGUAAACAUAAUAUCUUGUAAUUGUAUAUAAAUGUAAAUAAAUCUAUUUUAAAUACACAAGUUACAAUUGGAUUACCAAUAAGAUACUUAAGAUGUAACUUAUGGUAGUGUUUGAUCAACACUCAUGAUGUAUUUUGUAACAAAAUAUUUGAAUGUAAUAAAAAAUCAAAAUAUUACAAAGUAAUGGCAUUAUCAUUUUACAAAUACCUGUAUGGUAAGACAUAAACAAAAACAUGAAUUACUUACCUAAAUAAUUAAGUAAGUUAGCGGCACCAAAAACUGACAGAUUAAAGGAAAAAUUACUUCCAACUGAUUGAUGUAGUCAAAAUAUUUACAACAACCAUUCUCUUCAGAUAUAGUUGGAUUCUUUAUGGGUUUAAAUACCUUCCCCUUCACUAAUUAAUUUAAUUUUCUAAGACAAUUUCUUUUUAGAAUGGAGAAACUAACACUGUGCUAAGUCACAUGCUAGUUCAAAAAGUGCAAACUCAACAGUUUGAAUUAUUACUGGCUCCUAAAGCUGACAUGUAUGACACAUGCCUAAAGAGGUUGUGAACAAAAACACAAAUUAAUUUUAGUAAAUGAUUGUAUUUAAUAAUUUUGAUUAAAUGU